CCAUCUGCUUUCUUCAUUUUCCUCACAACCCGUCCUAUUACUGUCCACGUCAUCAAUAUCAACGGUUAUAGAAGACGGUCACUCCAGUCCGGGGUGUAGUUAUUAAACUUCCAAAACGAGCAAAUUCUCCAGAUGGACUGAUUAACAGAAGCAACUUUCUCGCUGAAUCCUUGCAAAGUGCAAACCCUUUCCCACACAAUCUCUCUCUCUCUCUCUCUCUCUCUCUCUCUCAUGGAGAACUACUCCUAUAAUUCCUCCUACCCGGAAUCCGGCCAGUCAUCGCCGCGCUCACGCGAAAUUGAGUUCGAAAACCCUCCGCCAUGGGAGGAUCCGCAGAGCAAUCAGCCGCCACCGAACUACAAAGUCAAGUUCAUGUGCAGUUACGGUGGCAAAAUCCACCCUAGGCCGCAUGAUAACCAGUUAUCGUACAUAGGAGGCGAGACCAAGAUCCUUGCUGUUGAUCGUAACAUCAAAUUCAGUUCUCUGCUCGCCAAGCUGAUUGCUCUCUGUGAUACCGACUCUAUCUCGUUUAAAUAUCAGUUGCCCGGUGAGGAUCUGGACGCUCUGAUUUCGGUGACGAAUGAUGACGAUUUAGAGCACAUGAUGCACGAGUAUGAUCGCUUGUAUAGGGUUUCGCCUAAGCCCGCCAGGCUGAGGAUUUUCAUUUUCCCGAGCCUGAACCCGAGCUCAAAUUCAUCUGCCCGGAGCUUCGGUUCAGAUGAUGCCAAGACGGAGAAGGAGAGGUUUGUUGAGGCGUUAAAUUCUGCGCCGCAGCAAUCGGCGUCCCCUGCUGCGGCGCCGGAGUUGCAGCCUCCUGCGAAUAACGUAGAUUUUUUGUUUGGAUUGGAGAAAGCAAAUGCCAUGGCGGGGGUGCCUCCUCCGCAUCAGCCGACGGUGGGCAGACUGGAUGAAAGGUUGCUAGGGUCGGAUCCGAUCCAAAAGCACAUUCAGGAUUUGCAGAGGCUGAGAAUUGAGGAGCAACAAGGAAUUUACCGAAGGAAAAGCGACGACAAUCUCUCCGGAGGAUUUAACAGCGGCGAAGCUUACAAGGUAUCUGAGAAGAUCCCUCAGGUUGCCGUUCACGGCGGCGGCGGCGUUCCCUACUGGACAGACAAGCAGGUUUCCGCCGGAGCUUUCCCGGCGAGCACCGUCAAUAACGAACAGCCAGUUUACAUGAUUCCGGCUGCGGCUAGUCCAUACCACCCACAGAUGGUGAGACCAGUGACCGGGGCACCAACUCAGGGCUACUACACAGUUCAGAGGAUGCCGUCCGAGGUAUACCGAGACCACCAGCAGAUGUACAACAUGAUUCCGCAAGGGGCCAUGCCUUCCGCUUCAGCCCCAAAUUUGCCGCCGCAGAAGGUGACUGGAUACCCGGAGGGUUUCGGUAUGAUGAGACCGGCUACUACUGCCGGUGGUGGGAUUGUAGUAACAGAAGCUGGGUACGCACAGAUGGCGUACGAGGGCGGUGCGGGGAGGCAGGUGAUCUACUCUGCACCAGGGGGUGUAAUGGGUGCGCCAGCUCCAGUUCAAGCAGCUCAAUAUCAAGCCAUGGCAGCCGCUGUGACUGCCGAUAUGAGGCCGACUGGAGCAUUGAAUGCGGAAGCAGGGGCUAAAGUUGUUGCGAGGGCUACACAAGCUUCUGUGUGAUUACGGGGGCCAGUGGAAUUUUCGGCUGUUUCGGUUGCUGUUUUGUUGAUGAUAAUAAAUAAAUAAUAGAAGAGACAGAAAUUGAAGCUUUGUGGUAGGACUGGGGGCCUUAUCCAUAAUAUAAACAUUUGAAUGAAGAUUCACCCUAAUUAAAAUACUCUUAUCUAUCUUGUUAGGUUCUUGAUU